CAAAUUUGUCACGUGACUAGUAGCAACAGUUUCCAAGUGAGCUAGCGUUAGCGUUUUGGCGAAGAGUAUGCUAACUUUACUCAAUUUCAACAAUCGUAUUUUCUCUUAUAUUAAGCCCAAAACUGGGGUGUUGGAGCGAUGGAGGUAAUUAUUCCCCGUACGUCAGAUUUUGUGAUGGUUACAGAGAGGGAAGCAUCUUGUCGAGGACGGGAAAAUAACAUUUGCAAGUGAAAAAUGGAGAGCUGUUUCAGUCUGCCGAGCUGAAAAUGGGAGCAAGCGCCUCAGUAUCACUCUGUAGUGACCCUUCUUCAGUGAGAAUCCUGAGGCCCAGUGCUAAGGUCAGCCCAGAGCCCAUAGCUCCCACCCUGGUUUCAGAGCCUGAACGGACUGCUAGGUGUAUGUUUGGUGUUGCCUUGGGAACACUCAGAGAGGAUGGGCAGACAGUCUGUGGAAUACCUCUUGUGUUAAGAGACAUAGUGGACUUCUUGGAUAAGAAUGGAAUGCACCACAGAGGUCUGUUCCGUCUGUGUAGCUCUAUUGUGCGGACCAGGCAGCUGAGACAGCGCUGGGACCGUGGAGAGAAGGUGGACCUGGAGCAUGAGGGAGAUGUCCCCACUGUGGCCUCGCUCCUCAAACUCUUUCUGCGGGAGCUUCCCACCCCUAUAGUUCCUGAACUCCAACAUAAACAAAUGGUUUUAAGCCUCACAGAAUGUGCAGAUGAGGUAGAGAUGAACCGACGUUUAAAAGAAAAUCUUCAUCACCUCCCAGAUGACAACCUCUCCAUUUUGUCUUACCUCAUCCACUUCCUGUCCAGAGUGGCUACUCACAGCCAAUCAAAUCACAUGCCCAUGGAGAAUCUGGCAACCAUCUUUGGGCCUUGUUUAUUCCAUGUUCCAGUAGGACCCAGGAUGCUAGAGGAGCAGAGUAUGUGUAAUGCCCUGUUGCUUCACCUUCUCCGGCAUCAGAAGGUUCUCCUUCCAGUCGUAGCUGAGGGCACAGUGGCCAACUCGAUCACCGCCUCCUCACCCCCUCCCCCUCUCUCUGCAUUGUUGCACUUUGAGAGUCAACCCAGCAGCCGUCAGACAGAGCCAGGUAGCGUGGACAGUUUGGAGAGAGAGACCACCAGUGUCUUCAACCAAGCAAUACAGAUGCACUCUCAAUUCAACAGUCCUGACACACUGCAGCAGGGCUGUGAAACUAGUUCUGACGUCAGUGCUGACAUUCAGAAGCUGAUUACAGACCAGGAGGCUUUGGAGAGCAGUGAAAGAAUGGAGCCAAAGUGUCUGCUCUCCUGUAACGCUGACCCAGGGACAGCACAGCAUCCACAACAGAGCGGACCAUCUAGCAGCAUCCAAGGGGAGCCACCGGAGCUGGAGUGUACCAUGCAAGGGACCUUUGCUGAGAUGCCACCAUUCACCUCCAUACUGAAGGGGAAAGAUGAGGAAGAAGUAGACAAGGCUUCUCCAAAUGCAGACCAAACAUCGUCUGUUUCAAACUGCUGCAUAGCGAAUCAGUUAGAGAGCAACACCCAAACACAGCUGCGCGACACAGAGAGACUGCUGUACUCUAUGGAGCACAAGACAGAAGACAAAAUCAAAGUGUCUGAGUGGCAGAGCCCCUCCCUCAAACUUCAAGCCCUGGAGGCUGUAGAGACUGACUUGGGGCCCCCUCCAGUACCAGUAGACCCCCUAAUUCAGGAUAACCUUCCUGCUCUGCAGCAGCCUGUUUCUCCUGAUGAGCAGAGCCUGUAUUUAACCCACAAGCUGCUCCUCCAUUCGACACCACCACCACCAACUGACCAGGAUCAGCACAUGGUCAGCUCAUCACAGCCUGUAUACACAGCCUCCCCUCAUUCAUCAGAAUCCAGUUCUGUCAUCUCCAUAGCCAGUCUUUCUGAGGAAAUUUCAGAAGGGGACACCCUGCAGAGCCCACCAGACACUAACAUGAGCCCCCUACUCUCUCACUUUACAUUGUCUGACUGCCCUGUUCCUUCACCGCGCUGCCACAGUCUCAGCCACAGCCUGCGCUACAACUUAGACCCUGAUACAGCCCCUUCGCCACCGUGCUCACAGCACAUGCGCAUGGCUCGCUGUAGCACAGCAUUAGACGAGGGCUCUGUCUCCAUCUCAGUGAUCAACAGACACAUCCACACCUUGAGGAAGAGGAUCAGGCAUUUUGAGGAAAGCUUUGAACAGGAAAAACACUACAAGCCGGCACAUAAUGACAAGACAGCUCAUCCAGAGGUUGCCAGACUGAUGAAGGAGCUCAUGAAAAGUCGCAAGCAGCUUAAAGAGCUGAAGUUGAGACAGUCAGAAGAAGUGAGACUAAGAGGGCAGGGAGGUUUCAACCCACCAACUGAAACAUGCAGGACCUUUAAAGACCAGAAGGAGGCAGCAAUAAGAGGAACUGAGCUGCAGCACCUUUACAACAACAGCAACACCAAGCCAAAUGUGGAGGACACUGUGAACAUGAUAACCAACAGACUGAAGGAGAGACGGCGAGAGCUGGGCCUGCCCGACAGCAUCAAGGAGAUGUCCCACUUCCAGAUGACUAUGGAGAAGACUAGCAUGCAGAAGUGUUUGCUGCACUAUGAGAGUCUGCAUGGACGACCGAGCACUAGGCAGGAGCGAACUCUGAUGAAACCUUUCUAUGAUCGGUACCGACUUCUCAAGCAGCUGCUGUUCUCUUCUGCUGCCUCAGCAUUUAUUACGCCUAUUGAGGAGGAAGAGGGAUCUGAUGAAGAACAUCCCAAACAGCAAAGCCCCAGGCAGCAGCCACUCUCGCUGAAACCUCCCAGGUGUGUGUCCUCAGAUGAAUCGCUGCAUCUGCAUUCCCUAGAAAUGUCUGAAACACCUCUGGUGUCCCCACUGGAGGAGGUCAAGAGUUUUCAGCCACAGAUCAUCACCAUGGCAACACUACAUGAAGCAUCCAGAUCAGAGUUACUGGAUCACCUCAGGCUGGCUCGAUUAGAGAAACGGAGACUUCAUCAAGCACUCAAAGAGUUUGAGGAUCAUUUCUACAUGCAGACAGGCAGGGCUUGUCAGAAGGAGGACCGUGGGCCUAUGGCAGAGGAGUACUGCCAGUAUAAGAACCUCAAAGUGAAGCUCCGUUUGCUGGAGGCCCUGCUCAGUAAACAGCAGGACUCAACAAAGACCAGCUGAGUUAUCUCACAGUGGGACUUGUAUGUAACUUAUCAGGAACAUGUCAUUUCUGAGAUAGUGGGUGGAGAAGCUAGUGGUGAGUCCAGUCCUUUUUUUUCCCCCAUUCAGUGCUUAUUAUGUUGAUUACUGAAGCACAUUGCAUUCACCAAAGGAAAAAAAAAAAGUGAAGGAUCUUUUCUUGUAAUUAUGAGAUAAUGUGGGGGUAGAACCUCACGGAGCUUUAAUGAAUUCUUUAGUAUCAAAAUAAUUCAGUGAUGGUUGUCAGUACAUCCAAUAGCACAUAGCAAAAGUGAACUGUUAAUAGCUAAUUUGGAAUAUUUAUUGUUCCAAAAUGUAAAAUAUAGGCCAAGAACAGGUUUCAAAACAGCUGCCUAUCUACAUGUACCGGGCAGGAGUUGGAAAGAUUUAAAACCUGCUUGAGAACAUUGGGGUUUUAAGAUUCUGAGACUGGUAUUUAUGCAAUUCUGACAGCACAUCCAGUAUAUAGCAAAAUUAACCACUAAAAGCUAGUUCCGUGUUCUUAGUGUUCCAAAAAGUAUACAAAUAUACAGUAACAUAAAAAUGGCACACAAGCUGCAGCUCACAGUAGCUCAUAUUUAUGGCUAUGGCAACCUGGUAUUUAAGCUCAUUCAUUAUAUAGACAGUUUAGACAAAUCAGGAAACCUUAGGAGUGUUGGAUAUUUUUGGGGAUUUUGUUAACGAUAAGCAGACAAUAUUUUGUAUCUGCUGUUUUUAGUCUAGACUGUAUUUGUGUGUGUUUUGGAAUACUAAGUACACUGAAUCAGCUGCUCAUUUUGCUAUAUACUGUUGGAUCUGCUGUCAGAAUUGCAUAAAUACAGAAAAAAUCUUAAAAAUAGCAUUCUGAAUCUUUCAAUGUCCUACUCAGCACAGGUAUAUAAAGAGUUGCACUGUAGGCAGCCUUGUUGAUGCCCAGUUAUAGCCUAUAUUUGUUUACAUUUUGGAGCAAUAAGUAUGCAGAAUUAGUUAUAUACUAUUGGAUGCAUUGUAACUAUCACUGAAUUACUUUGAUACUAAAGAACUUGUUAAAACCUAAUUUUCAGGCAAGUUCUGCAGCAUUUCAACUCUUGCAUUAUCUUGUAAUUCUGAGAAAUAAAGGCAUGCAUGAUAAGAUAAGAUUUUCCAAUUUGGUGAAUACAAUGUGCUUCUGUAGUUGAUGCAUCUAACAUGAAGAAAAUGGUGAUGGAAAUUGGUGACAAUGCUGGGAGGUUUUGAGUUCCCAAAACAAAUCCCUUGACAAAUCAUGGAUAUCUAAUGUAGCAAGUAUGUUAUGUAGCACUAAUUAAUGUCAAAGAUGACUAGCUGUAACAAAUUGAUGUUGGUUACAUAUUAGUAAUGUAAGACUACUGUAUGUAGAUUAUGGCGCUUCAGUGUUUCCUCUAGGUUUGGGGUGGGGUGGGGGCGCGGCGCAGAAAUGUUCUAAAGUCUUCAACCAGUAGUGUAUGUGAGAAACAGAAACCAGUAAAAGUUCAAAAUGUGUCCCUAUACAGCCGGUGGAUAGCUCAGUGGGUAACACCACUGACUUUGGUAUGGCAA